AUGGGUCUAAAAAAUCUUCUCUCACUCAAAAUAGUUUUCUUUCUACUGGGAGUGCUCACCAUCAACACUACUGGUCAGAUUUGCUCAGCCCCACUCGUCGUGGAGUUUUAUGAGAACAACACUGUUGGUGCUAGCGUGGCCACAAUAACCACUGAGGCAGGGGUCAGCCUUAAAUUAACAAACAAUCCUGACAAUGCCUUCGGAUUAAAUGGCAAUGCUCUUGUGGCAAAUAAAGUACUGGACUAUGAGGCCCUGCCUCCUGGUGGUGGCCUGAGCAUUAGUAUACUUUGUACGAAGGAUGGGCCUUUGCAGGAACACCUAAGGGUAACUGUGAUUGUGCAAAACAUCAACGACAUCCCUCCAGUUUUUGAAAAGAACCUGUACACACUGGAAGUUAAUGAGCUAUCCAAAGUUGGUACAACAGUGGGCAGAAUUGAGGCUAAAGACUCUGAUUCAGCUCCACUGUACUACCGUCUGGUAUCUCCAAUGGAAGAAUUUGGGCUGAAGACAGAAACUGACCCAGAAAUUCUGGUGAAGAAGGUUUUGGAUUAUGAUACUAUUAAAGAAGUUACUCUGGAUCUCUUUGCUCAGGACACACCCUUAUCUGCAACAGUGACACCAUCUUAUACUGCCACCACCACUGUCAUUGUCACUGUAUUAGACAUCAACAACCGACCACCAUGGUUCCAGCCUUGCACAGAGUUCACUGUUGGCAUAGCCAAAGGCUGUGUCACCUCUGGAUACACAGGGAACGUCAAUUUACAUCAGCAAGUGACUGGUGCGUUGACCUUGAAACCUGGUCCAGUGUAUGCCAUUGAUGGAGACAAAGGAAGGAAUGACCCAAUUAGAUAUGACAUUAUUGAAGGAAAUGAGGAUAACACAUUCAUUAUGAAUCAAAACACUGGAGCUAUUACAAUGAGGCAGCCAGUGGGUGUAGCAGGACCCAUUAUACUGAGAGUUAUGGCAUAUGAGUUGGAAAGCCCUGACCUCGCCACCACAACUGUCACACUACAAGUAUUGCCAAGUAGCAAGUACCCACCAGAGUUCGUCAAACCCAAAUAUGAGGGUUUCAUCUCAGAGGAUGCAGGUGUUGGCAGCCUGGUGCUUGAAAGCAAGUCCAACAGCAUACCUCUACAGGUUCAGGCUACAGAUGCAGACUUCACUGAUGGAGUAAAUCCUAACAUUACAUUUGAGGUUCCUGUAGACAGUGUCUUUAAAGUCACUCCAGAGGGCUUCAUAAUCAUGACAAGAGCAGCUCCUCCUGGCAAUGUGAACAUGCAAAUAAGUGUAGUUGAUCCAACAACUGGUGAAUUCAGCACAACCUCUCUCUCUGUAGAAGUCACUCCAGGAGUCACAACCAUGGCUACUACCACAGUCACAGAGCUAACGGAAAGCACCUCCAGUCCACACACCACUACCACAGUCACAGAGCUAACGGAAAGCACCUCCAGUCCACACACCACUACCACAGUCACAGAGCUAACGGAAAGCACCUCCAGUCCACACACCACUACCACAGUCACAGAGCUAACGGAAAGCACCUCCAAAGGGAUGCAUUUGCCGUCGGGUGACUUCAGGACGGAGGACAUGGUAGCUCUGGGGGUGAGUUUGGCUAUAGCGCUGCUGGUCUGCUUUGUGGUUAUUGGUUUUCUGGCCUACAACAUCAGACGCUUCAGUGCAGACUGGAAGAAGCUGUCCGAGAUCAGCAUCUUCCACAGCUCGCUGAGUGGGGGUUCAGGUGGGCCUAAAGAUGGAGUGCAGUACACCAGUGAAGACUUUCAGGUUGAUGGAGACAAAGACAGUGUGAAUUUGAAGCAGGCAGCAGAGUUGCCAUUGCCACGAGGGCCAGAGCUGAGCCACAGAGUUCCAGAGGUUCUGAAGACACAGCGCAGCAGUCCAACCAUGCAGAGCAAGAACAGUAAUGAUAACCCCACUCUUCCUACAGACUCCAGCAGCCAAUAUAGCUUAGAUAACACAGAUAAUGAGAAAGAAGUGAAACCCAUUCUCACCAAGGAGCGGCGCACGGAUGAGGGGUACAAAGCUGUGUGGUUUAAGGCAGACAUCGACCCUAAUGACAAGGAGGAAGUGGUCAUUUCUGACAGAGACCAGGACAUCGACCUUGAUGAUGAUGAUGAUGAUGAUCAUGAGGAUGAUGAUCAUGAUCAUAGUGAUGGUGAUGAUGAUGAUGAUGAGGAAGAUCCUAACUUAGUUCACUUAUAG